UGGCUGCUGACAAUACGGAAUCUUGACGCGGCUUGGUGGACUGACUCCCCGAUUCCAAUCCAAGCACUUGCUCCUUGCCAUCAAACCCCGUUUUGACUUCUUCGGGCUUUAAAAUAAUUAUCUUAUCCCCUUUGUAACCUGAUGUGGGUUCGCCAUCCCUGAGUAAGUCUUGUAUCGUUUUUAAUAGAAUAAGAAAAUCGGCCAAUUUUGCCGAAGCUGCCCGCUCCUCCAGGCGAUACUGCCCCGAGCAAGGGCCAAAUCACUUGGCUGAAUCCUGCUCUCCUGGGCGACCUUCUAGUUUCUAGCGUCUCUCUCCUUGGGAAAUUUCUACAUGCGAUUUUUUAAGCAUUUUCUAUAUGUACUUGAGAUCUUGAGGAGCGGCGUAUAGCGACUUGCGAGGGCAUUUGGAUAAGGGGUGGGUUCUGUGCGAAGGUGUUGGAAUUCUAGGGAUGGGCAGGUGGUGGUUUGUUGGGAUUUGGAUUGUUUUGGCCAAUGCUUGGUCCUCGGUCCAAGGAUACCCCUCAGAAGAUCUGGUGGUGACUCUGCCUGGUCAACCCAAGGUCGAGUUUAGGCAGUAUGCUGGGUAUGUUGAUGUCGAUGUCAGCCAUGGAAGGAGUUUGUUCUACUACUUCAUCGAGGCCGAUAAGGACCCCGACCAGAAGCCUCUUGCUCUCUGGCUCAAUGGAGGCCCUGGAUGCUCCUCCGUCGGUGGAGGUGCCUUCACUGAAUUGGGCCCCUUCUAUCCUCAUGGUGAUGGCCGUAGUCUCCGAAGAAAUAGGAUGUCUUGGAACAGAGCAUCUAACCUCUUGUUUGUGGAGUCCCCCGCCGGAGUUGGAUGGUCAUACUCAAAUACAACUUCAGAUUAUAACUGCGGGGAUGCUUCCGCCGCCAAUGAUAUGUAUCUAUUCAUGUUGAAAUGGUAUGAGAAAUUUCCAGCAUUCAGAACAAGGGAGCUAUUCCUUACAGGAGAAAGUUAUGCAGGACAUUACAUACCACAGUUGGCUGAUGCUCUGCUGAACCAUAAUGAAGCCUCCAGUGACUUCAAAUUCAAUAUCAAAGGAGUAGCUAUUGGAAACCCACUGCUGAGACUUGACCGGGACAUUCCAUCGACAUAUGAAUUCUUCUGGUCGCAUGGAAUGAUUUCUGACGAAAUAGGCCUGGCCAUCAUGAAUGAGUGCGAUUUUGAUGAUUAUGUCUUUGCAAGUCCUCACAACGUGUCCCUUUCAUGCAACCGUGCCAUAUCCGAGGCAAAUCGCAUAGUUGGGGAAUAUAUAAACAAUUAUGACGUGAUCCUGGACGUUUGCUAUCCAUCCAUAGUGGAGCAAGAACUGAGAUUGAAAAAGAUGGCUACCAAAAUGAGUCUGGGUGUAGAUGUUUGCAUGACCCUUGAAAGACGUUUUUACUUCAAUCUUCCUGAGGUUCAGAAGGCUCUUCACGCAAAUCGCACCAAUCUACCAUAUUCAUGGUCCAUGUGUAGCGGCAUCUUAAAUUAUAGCGAGAGUGAUGGGAACAUCGACAUCCUUCCUAUUCUCAAGAGGAUGGUUCAAAAUAAAAUCCCAGUGUGGGUUUUCAGCGGAGACCAAGAUUCUGUGGUGCCAUUAAUGGGGUCUCGAACACUGGUGCGGGAGCUAGCGCAUGAGCUGAAGAUGGACAUAACGGUGCCGUAUGGAGCAUGGUUCCACAAAGGGCAGGUAGGGGGUUGGGCAAUAGAGUAUGGAAACUUGUUGACGUUUGCGACGGUGAGAGGGGCAGCUCACAUGGUGCCAUAUGCCCAGCCUUCCAGAUCUCUCCAUCUCUUCUCUUCCUUCCUCCGUGGCCGCCGACUUCCCAACACCACUCGCCUACCCAUCCAUGACUAGCCUUCACCCAAAAUACAAGUAUUCCAUCUUUUCUAUUCUUUAUUGCCGAAAACGUAAACAUUAGUUUUUCUUAAUCUACAUCCUUUAUAAAUUUCUCUAGGAAUCAUGCUCAUUGCAAUAUAUUUAAAGCGUGAGAUUUUUUUUUU